UUAUCCGUUACAGAGAAUCGGGGAAGAAAGGUCAAACAGCAGAUGGGUUUUCAGCAAAGAGGCGAGCGAUUCUAGGAUCUCGUCUGAGUCACCGCAUCCGAAACCCGAGUUUUUCGACGAGCAAUCCAACCCAGAUAACGAUUCGUUUCAGCACGUUUCAGAUGACCACGAAAAUCCUGAAACUGAUUCCUCUGCGUGUAGAUCCGCCAUUGGUCUCGGUCCAAGUAUUUAUUGCCUCCAUGCCGAGCAAGGAUGUCGACUUAUCCGUGACGCCAUUGAUAACAAACUUUGCUCAUUUGCUUGAGAGAGAGUUUGCUAGUGAAUUGGGGUUGCUGAGAAGAUGCCUGCCAUGGCGGUGGUUGGUUCUGGCGGUGGCUUGGUCGGCGGCGGCAAGCUCACGGGCCAGGUCUUGAUCUGCAGCAUAAUUGCUGCACUCGGCGGUCUCAUGUUCGGCUACGACAUUGGCAUUUCAGGAGGAGUAACUUCCAUGGACGAUUUUCUGAUCAAGUUCUUUCCGGGCGUCUAUGAGAAGAAGCACCGCGCCAAGCAGAACAACUAUUGCAAGUUCAAUGACCAGUAUCUUCAGCUCUUCACGUCAUCGCUGUACCUGGCGGCCAUCGUGGCUAGCUUGGUUGCUUCGAUGUUUUGCAAGAGGCUGGGCAGGAGGCCGACUAUGCAGGCCGCUUCCGUUUUCUUCCUGGUCGGCGCCAUUAUAAACGCUGCUGCUAUGGACUUGGCCAUGCUGAUCAUUGGAAGGCUGUUACUAGGUGCAGGAGUGGGAUUUGGCAACCAGGCAGUACCACUGUUUAUAUCAGAAAUUGCUCCUGCCAACUACCGAGGCGGCCUCAAUAUUUGUUUUCAGCUACUGAUCACCGUCGGGAUUUUGAUCGCCAAUGUCAUCAAUUACGGAACGUCUCGGAUGCAUCCGAACGGAUGGCGGGUAUCGCUAGGCGGAGCGGCAGUUCCUGCCAUAGCUCUUUUGAUUGGCUCCCUCGCCAUAGUGGAAACUCCGACUAGCCUUAUAGAGCGGGGGAAGUUAGAUGAAGGACGUCGGGCACUUAAGAAAAUUCGGGGGACGGAUAACAUUGACGCCGAAUACGAAGAAAUCUUGCAGGCCACAGAGAUGGCCAAAAAGGAGGACAGCUCAUUCAAAACUCUCAUGAAACGCUCGAGUAGGCCUCAGUUGAUUUGUGGAACCAUCCUCCAAAUCUUCCAGCAAUUCACUGGUAUCAAUGUGAUCAUGUUUUAUGCUCCCGUUCUGUUCCAAACCAUGGGUUUUGGCAGCGAUGCCUCGCUUCUAUCUGCCGUGGUCAUGGGUCUUGUCAAUGUGGUGUCCACCUCGGUUGCGAUUUUUACCGUGGAUAGAUUUGGGAGGAAGGUGUUGCUCGUCGAGGCGGCGAUUCAGAUGCUUGUUGCCCAGAGUGCCAUGGGCAUCACGCUCGCGAUCCAACUGAAAUCCACCAAUGAAAUUCCUAAGGGGUACGCCCUUUUCGUGGUCUUCUUGGUCUGCUUCUUCGUGGCCGGCUUUGCGUGGUCGUGGGGUCCUUUGGGUUGGCUCAUCCCCAGUGAGAUAUUCCCGCUGGAGACGCGAAAUGCCGGCUUCUUCUUCGCAGUCGGGAUGAACAUGCUGUGCACUUUCCUCAUCGCUCAAGUGUUCCUGACCAUGCUCUGCACCAUGAGAUCUGCGACUUUCUUCUUCUUCUCCGCCUGGAUCAUUGUGAUGGGCAGUUUUGCAGCCGUCAUGCUUCCCGAGACAAAGGGCAUACCCAUUGAUGAAAUGAAUGAGAGGGUAUGGAAGAAGCACUGGUUCUGGAAGAGGCACUUCGACCACGAAGAUGAUAACCAAAAAGUUAGGAUUUAAAACCAUGUACUUGUUUGUUAAGGUUCUAGUGUUGGGUCUGAGAGUAAUGCAAGGUCGCUCAGGUUCACUAGUCUUUAGUCCUUCAGUUGUACAUUUUGGAUCGAAGAAUAAUAAUCAUGAGCCUUGACAUAAUCCGCCAAGCCGAACUCUCUUUGUUCGCAAUUUAAGCUUGGACAAUGGAAUACCAAGUUCGGUAGGAUGCCGCUAUUGCCAGGUGAAGAUGAAGCUUGAUGCUCUUUGAGUACAUGUAAAUCCUCAUAAAAAGAGACUGCAUUGUGACCGGUAGUCCCACAAUCAUCUUAGGCUUCAUUCGCCGAGUUAGAGAGGAGACUAUGGAGUGCUGAGAACGGUUUUUGGA